CCCACGGCUCGCCACGUCCCUCACGUACAGCUCCGCCGCGGAGCGGCCACCUGGCGCGGAGCUCCGGCUCCUCCGGUGGGGCUCGCUCGUAAUGAGGCUGGUGCGGCUGCUGCGCGGAGCCGCCUCGGCCGGCCCGGGCCCGGGGCCGCGCUCCGUCUGCCCCGGCGCCAGCCGCAGCCUCACGUCGGGCUCGGGCUCCGGCCUGGCGCCGGAAGGCGGCGUUCCGGGCCAAGUGGACUUCUACGCGCGCUUCUCGCCGUCGCCGCUCUCCAUGAAGCAGUUCCUGGACUUCGGAUCCAUGAAUGCUUGUGAAAAGACCUCAUUUAUGUUUCUGCGGCAAGAGUUGCCUGUUAGAUUGGCAAAUAUAAUGAAAGAAAUAAGUCUUCUCCCAGAUAAUCUUCUCAGGACGCCGUCAGUUCAACUGGUACAAAGCUGGUAUAUCCAGAGUCUUCAGGAGCUUCUUGAUUUUAAGGACAAAAGUGCCGAAGAUGCUAAAGCUAUUUAUGACUUUACAGAUACUGUGAUACGGAUCAGGAACCGUCACAAUGACGUUAUUCCCACGAUGGCUCAGGGUGUGAUUGAAUACAAGGAGAGCUUCGGGGUGGAUCCUGUCACCAGCCAGAAUGUUCAGUACUUUUUGGAUCGCUUCUUCAUGAGCCGAAUUUCAAUUAGAAUGUUACUCAAUCAGCACUCCUUAUUGUUUGGUGGGAAAGACAAAGGAAGCCCAUCUCAUCGAAAACACAUUGGAAGCAUAAACCCAAACUGCAAUGUAGUGGAAGUUAUUCAAGAUGGCUAUGAAAAUGCUAGGCGUCUCUGUGAUUUGUAUUAUAUUAACUCUCCUGAACUGCAGCUUGAAGAACUGAAUGCAAAAUCACCAGGACAGCCAAUACAAGUGGUUUAUGUACCAUCCCAUCUCUAUCACAUGGUGUUUGAACUUUUCAAGAAUGCAAUGAGAGCAACCAUGGAAUACCAUGCUGACAAAGGUGUUUACCCACCUAUUCAAGUCCACAUCACACUGGGCAAUGAGGAUUUGACUGUGAGGAUGAGUGACCGAGGAGGUGGUGUUCCUUUGAGGAAAAUUGACAGACUCUUCAACUACAUGUACUCAACGGCACCCCGGCCUCGUGUUGAGACGUCCCGUGCAGUGCCCCUGGCUGGUUUUGGCUAUGGACUGCCCAUCUCCCGUCUGUAUGCACAGUACUUCCAAGGAGACCUGAAGCUGUAUUCGCUGGAGGGCUAUGGAACAGACGCAGUGGUCUACAUUAAGGCUCUGUCAACGGAAUCAGUAGAAAGACUCCCAGUGUAUAACAAAGCUGCCUGGAAGCAUUACAACGCCAACCAUGAGGCUGAUGACUGGUGUGUCCCCAGCAGAGAACCAAAAGAUAUGACAACAUUCCGAAGUGCCUAGACACACUUGGGAGCCCGAGGAAAUCUGAAUGCGGCUUUUGUAUUAAAUUUGGAAGGGAUGGUGUGGAGAACUACAUUAUACCAAAUACUUCAUAUGCCCUUUUCCCAACUAUUUGGGUAGAACAAAUGGAAAGUGAAUUCCAUUUUAUGCCAAUUAAACCUCCGAAAGAAUGAAA